UUAGAUUUACCGAUUGUCAAUAUUACACCUAACUGUCAAAAUAAAUAGAAAAGUAUUUUUUUUAUAAUUUUGCAAAAGUCAAGCCCAAUUGUAAUAUUGUUACAGAAGGACAUAGUAAUCAAAGCGUGGAGCAAACAAAACUGAGUGCUUGAUUUGUUAGUUUAACCUGAAGGAGUAUUUCGAGAAUAAUAGAGAUGGAGACAAAUACUGCAACUGGUGAUGGAUCACGCAAAAAUGAAAAUAUCCCACCACCAUUGCCACCCAAUCACAGGUUCUUGGAACCUGAAAAAGCGGUUAAAUCAAUCACAGACAUGGCUAUUUGGGAGAAGUCAGAGGCUUACAUGGAGUACACUGGCUUCAUAGCUACCAUCAAUCAAGCAAUCAUGGCCAAGCCACUCACAGUUGACUGCAAAAUUUCAGAAAAUGUUAGAAGACUGGUUGUAAUGCUUGAAAAAAUUGAACAACUGAUGGAUCUCUUUCCGCCUGUUGACCAACCUCAGAGAUUUGGUAAUGUAGCCUUCAGGGACUGGCUGGAAAGGGUCAGGGCUAACAGUACCCUCUUCCUUCAGGAGGCUCUGAAUCCUGGCAUACACUUAGCCAUCCCCGAAGUUAAAGUUUACUUGGAAGAGAGUUUUGGUAAUGCCACAAGGAUUGACUAUGGCACUGGUCAUGAAAUGGCCUUUGUCAUGUUUCUUUGUUGUUUAUUUAAAGUUGGUAAUUUAAUACCAGAAGAUAAUGUAGCCACUGUAUUUCUGGUAUUCAAUAAAUAUCUUUCAAUAGUAAGGCGGUUGCAGAAAACAUAUAGAAUGGAGCCUGCCGGCAGUCAUGGAGUGUGGAGUUUGGAUGAUUACCAGUUUAUACCCUUCAUAUGGGGAAGCUCACAGUUGGUAGAUCAACCAAGGAUAUAUCCGCCUGCUAAAUUCUUAGAGGAUGAUAUUAUAGAGAAAUACCACACUGAGUACAUGUUUAUAUCUUGCAUCAAAUAUAUUAAAGAAGUCAAGAAAGGUCCUUUUGCCGAGCAUUCCAAUCAGUUGUGGAGCAUCAGUGCUGUAGGCUCAUGGUCAAAAAUCAAUCAAGGCCUAAUUAAAAUGUACAAAAAGGAAGUGUUGUCAAAGUUUCCAGUGGUCCAGCAUGUAAUGUUUGGUUCCCUUCUGCCUAUAAGAAGGUUCCCCAUCAAUCACUAAAGUUGUUUGAAGGCUCCAAGAGUCUUGGAUGUUCUGAAAGUAACUGGCUAAGUUUAGCACUUAACAGCAAGGUGCAAAUGAUGGCCUGUGAGGUGCAGCCCAUUGAGAAGUAGAACAAAACAGUUCAUGAAUUGAUUUUAGAAUUAUGUUGUUGAAUAUGUGUAUCCAUUUAAUAGCGCAGAUACUGCCUUAUGAGUUUGUUUAUUUAUCUGUUUAUUACAUUACAACAGUAUUAUGUGUUGUGCAAUCAGUAACGUUAUAGCUUUCAAUAUAUUAUGUCCAUAAGACUAUUUAGCAAGUUUUUGGUAAUUGCGGCGGAGGGUUGGACCGCGCGCCGGUGUCAAGCCCAUGUUGACGUCGCCAUGUUUUUCAGAUAACUUACAUAAAUGAUAACAGUUCUAUGUUACAUGAUACCAUAUCAGAUUAACACCUAUAAUUGCAUAUAGUGAUAUUUUUAUGACUGAAAAUUUAUAGAUUUUAUUGAUAUUUGGCACUGGUUUCGGAAUCUGAUGUUUUUAGUUUUAUCCUAGAAUAAAAUUCACUCUUGGCCAAAAAGUUCAGGUAGUUAAAAUUAAAAAAAUGUUUGAGUUCCCAUAAUGUUUAAGUAAGACUGCCUGUAGUUAUGUAUUUAGUAUACGAUAUAAACAGUCGAGUUUAUUUAUUAAUGGCCCAGGAAGGCCAAUAUAGUUUAUAUUCAAAGUCCUUAUGUAACCUCCUGUACGUACGUUUUGUCGACUUUUAUACGCUCCUACGUACAUUUAUCAGCAAUUGUUUUGUUUCGUUUGCUUGUGUUUACAACUAUUAUGUGAUAUAUCUACUUAAUAUCUUGUCAUUAAUUUUAGCAUUUAUAACAAGGAUUUGUCGAUUGUGCAUUGCAAUACAAAAAUAAAAUAUA